AUGAUUCAAAAAUUUACAUGUGUGCCUGCUACUGACUAUGAUGUCAUUGUUGUUUCCAAUGGGACCGAAAGUCAAAUCAAAUCUAGAGUAACUACCGCUAAAACGGCCAGAAUAACGUAUUUACACGAUCUACCAUCCUUGAGUUCAUAUCUUUCUGAAGUGCCCAACUUUACUGGGAAGAUUAUAUUUAUGUUUUUUGACGGGGUUCAAUAUAUUCAAGAUUUCAUUUGUGAUGCUAUAGACCUUUAUGGUAAAACCCCGUUUUCUUUAAUUCAAAACGCUUACUUUUAUUUUGAUAAACUCGAUCCCGUGAACUUGGACCUUCAGUUUAAUACUGUUGCUGUCAUAGUCCAUGAUGUGUUGAAAAAAUCAAAUUAUAUGUUAGAUAGAAUUCGUGGUGUUUAUAUCGAUGAUCUACUGUUGGUUGGUGAUAGAAGCAUUCCGAUGAAAAGAUUGAUCUGCAAUUUCCCAAAUGUGGAAAAGUUUGUUUUACAAAGUAAUGCCAAAAUCACAUUUUGA